AUGAACUCUGGGAACGAUAGCUGGCACUCCCCUGCUGGCGGGCCUCCGCCGCACCCUAGCAUGGAUCAGAUGAACCAACAGAGGCCCUUGGGGUCUUUCAAUCAAAAUCCUCCGAAUCAAGGCCCGGGCUCGCAGCCCUCCGGACCUGUCCUCCCCCUCCAGGCGUCGAGCGGACACUCCCUUCCCGGGUUGGCAGAAUUGAGCCAGAGCCACGGGGCUCCGCACCAGCCAACUUACGGACAACACCCGCAGGGCCCAUCUCACGGCUCUGGCCACUCUCUUCCCGGAAUUGGCCAGGCCAUGCAGCAUGCAUCCCCCCAGUCUAUGAACCGCGAGCGCGAGCGUGACUCGAGGGAGCGCGAAAUCCUCGAACGCCAGCGCCAGGAAGAGAUGGCCCACCGGGAACGCGAACAGAUGGAGCGCCAGCAGAUGGAACGCCAGCGCGAACACCACCCGGUCCAGAGCCACACGGGCUCUAUCCCUCUCCACCAGCCGGUCGCAUCGAAGGUCCCGAACUCUAUCCAUGGCCCGAACGGUCUUCUUUCGAGUCUCGGUAACGCCCAGCCCAACGGCCCCCAGGGAAAUGUACAGGCUUCCGGUGGCCCGGCUAGUCUAUUCGGCCCGCAGAUGUCGCAGCACGGCGAGGGUACACCGCGUUCAUACAUGCAGCACCCGGGUGGCCCACCCAUGAUGGGUUACAAUGGACAAGGGCAGCAAAUCCCUGGAAAUGUAGCAGCCCUUGCUCAGGGCCAGCAGCCGAUUCUGAACGUCAGUCUUCGACUUCCCUCUGAAUUCUUCGAAAUUUACUCUAACCCAGGUUUCGUCAUACAGGAUGCCCUCAGCUAUUUGGAUCAGGUCAAAGUGCGAUUUGUUGACCAGCCCGACGUGUAUAAUCGGUUCCUGGACAUUAUGAAAGAUUUUAAGAGCCAGGCGAUUGAUACUCCGGGCGUGAUUCAACGGGUGUCGACUCUUUUCAAUGGCCACCCGGCCUUGAUUCAAGGUUUCAACACCUUUUUGCCCCCUGGAUAUCGCAUUGAAUGCGGUACCGAGGAUAACCCGGAUGCCAUUCGGGUGACUACGCCCUCUGGCACGAACACCCUGAGCAUGCCUCGCGCCGGACGUCCCUUCGAGACUGUCACUGAGACCACAGCUCCAUCUGGAGGACUCGGUCCUCAUGGCCGCGCUGAGUACUAUGACCAGUCCCGCCCCGGUUGGCAGCAGGGUCAACAGCAGCAGCAGGGCCAGCAGCAUGGUGCGCCUGGAUCAUACUCGCCUGGCUCUCGGAUGAUGGCCCCGGGUAUGUAUCAGCAGGAAGGUCAAGGCCCCGCACAAGAUCCUCACUACGCCUACCAAAGUCAAGAGGCUCAGGGUGCUUCGGCUCUGUCUCACCAGCAGGAUCAUCGUGGUGUUGCUCAGCUGCAGGGUGCUGCUUCAGCGGCCUCUGGCAUGGGAAGACCUGGCAUGAUGCAGGUUUCCGGUCCCGGUGGAAAUGCCAGCUUGACCCAGCCUUUGAACAGCCUGGCUGGUGUUGGUGGUAUGCUUCAAGGCGGACAUGCUGAUCUGAACAAGCGUGGCCCCGUUGAAUUCAACCAUGCCAUCAGCUAUGUGAACAAGAUAAAGAACCGCUUCUCCAGCGCCCCAGAGAUCUACAAACAGUUCCUCGAAAUCUUGCAGACCUACCAGCGCGAGUCAAAACCCAUCCAGGAUGUCUAUGCGCAGGUCACUCAUUUGUUCAACACUGCUCCUGACCUCCUUGAAGACUUCAAGCAGUUCUUGCCCGAGUCUGCCGCACAUGCUAGACAGGUCGAGCGGCAACGCGCUGCAGAGAAUAUUCCUGUCAGCGACCUUCGCAGUGGACCCGGCGAUUUCCCCUCGCAGACACCUAGCCGUGACGUCAAAAUGCCCCCUCUCGGCCAGUUCAAUGUCAAGGAUUCUGGCAAAGAAAACAAGAAGCGCAGGGGUGGACCUGGCAUUACUGGCUCCGUGUCUGGGCCUUCAGGCGUUGAUGCCGCCCGCAUGCCUGAUGCUCAAGUCCGUGGCCAGCCAGGAUCAUUUGGCAAUCUCUCCAAGAGACAAAAGCACACUCAUGGCCGGCCAUCCGGCGCUGAUAUCCCUAACGUUUCGCCGACUCUGAUCCCAGCCCUCCCUGAGCCUGUCCCACCUACUAUGUUGACGACUCCCAGUCAAGAGGAGAUUGCCUUCUUCGAUCGCGUGAAGAAGUUCAUCGCCAACAAGCAGAUCUUCAGCGACUUUUUAAAGCUGUGCAAUCUGUACACUAACGAUCUGAUCGACCGCUUUAUUCUGGUCAAGAGGGCUGAAGGUUUCAUUGGCUCAAAUGCCGAGCUGAUGAGCUGGUUCAAGCGAUUCAUGAAUGUCGAAGAACCCGAAGACAAGACCAUCGAUCCCAAGCCUAAGACAGAGUCUGGUUUGGUGAACCUUGCACACUGCCGGUCUUUGGGCCCAAGCUAUCGACUGCUUCCCAAGAGAGAGAGACAAAAGGCCUGCAGUGGUCGUGAUCAAUUGUGCUUCGAGGUUCUGAAUGACGAAUGGGCUUCACACCCUACUUGGGCUUCCGAGGACUCUGGAUUUGUUGCACACAGAAAGAACCAGUUCGAGGAUGCUCUUCACCGCAUUGAAGAAGAUCGUCACGACUAUGACCACCACAUUGAGGCCUGUGUUCGCACGAUUCAGCUUAUCGAGCCUAUUGUCCAGCAGUUCCUUCACAUGUCCGAGCUCGAGCGUGCCAACUUCAAGUUGCCACCCGGCCUUGGUGGUCAGAGCGAAGCCAUUUACCAGCGUGUGAUCAAGAAGGUAUAUGAUCGCCAGCGUGGCGAGAAGAUCAUUCGUGAUAUGUUCGAGCGUCCUUGCGCGGUUUUGCCUAUCGUUCUCUACCGCCUCAAGCAGAAGCUCGAGGAAUGGAAGGCAUGCCAGCGCGAGUGGGACAAGGUCUGGCGUGAACAGAUGCAAAGAGCCUACUGGCGUAGUCUCGACCACCAGGCCAUUGCUACCCGCCAGACGGACAAGAAACUGUUCAUUGCUAAGAACAUUCAACAGGAUCUUCAGGCCAAGUUUGAAGAGACCCAGAGCCGUCGGAAGAGUGGCCUGAACCCGCCCAAGUACCAGAGCCAGAUGGAGUUCAAGGAUAUGGAUGUCCUUUUGGAUACUACCCACCUCCUUUGUUUGUACAUCGACCGGACUACCUCCGGCUUUGGUGCUGACCCGGUGCGUCUCAUCAACUUCAUUAAAGAUUUCGUCCCUAGUUUCUUCGGCUUGGACCGUGAGACGUUCCUCGAUUACAUGGAUGAGCUUUCGGUCAGCGCUACUCCCGCUGAGGAGCUGGAAGAUAAUUUUGGCCCCGAUGAUGCUUCGAACGUUAGCCGGAAGGUUGUCAACACGCAGAAGCUGGAUCUCUUGCGUGAGGCCCUCGAGCGCCGAGUCGAGAAGAGCAACACCAAUGGCCAGCCCAAGGAUGAUGCUCCUGCUAUUAGCCAACAGCCUACCCCCGAGGUCCGGGCUGUCUCCACGGCGGCUUCUGAGGCCGAGGAAUCUUUCGAUGUUGCUGAGCUGAAGUGGAUGUCGCAUCCUGACCAGGGCAACUUCAACCUGGAGCGCGAGUACACUCUCAAUGAGAAGUACAAGAAGACUGUUCAUCACAUGUAUUGCAAUUUGAACAUCCUGUGCUUCUUGCGCACAUUUGAGAUCUUGUACGCUCGCCUGCUGCGUAUCAAGCAGCAGGAAGCCGAAGCCCGCGAGCAGGUACGCCGGGGUCUGCUACCCAAGCCUGCACACGAGUUGUGUCUGAUCGAUCGUUUCCCGGGUGAUUUCUUCUACGAUGUUGAACUCAACGCCAACCUCUACAAGCAGAUCGUCCGCAUGUGCGAGGAAGUUAUCAAGGGAGAUAUUGACCAGAUCCAUCUUGAGGAGACACUCCGUCGCUUCUACAUGCAGAGCGGUUACUUGCUGUACAACUUGGAGCGCAUCUUCUCUUCCAUCACAAAGUUCGUGGCCUCGAUCUUUACCGGGGACUCUAGGGACCGCAGCUCGGAUAUCGCGAACUUGUUCCUCAAGGAGCGGGAGAAGGAAGAGACCACUCACCAUCAAGAGAUCCAGUAUCGCAAGCAAGUAGAAAGGCUGGUUAAGGAUGGCGAUAUCUACCGUGUCACUUACAUCCCAUCAGAGCGCCGCCUCACCAUCCAAGUGAUGUCCGCCGAAGACUCCACGCUCGACCGCGAGGAUCUCAGCUCUGAAGCCCGCUGGUCAUACUACGUGACCGCCUACUCCAUGCGCGACCCGACCGAAGGCGUACAAUUCUCCGAAAUGCGCAUGCCCUUCUUAAAGCGCAGCCUCCCAAGCAAGCUCGACGAAGACGAGGAAUACGACCGCUACUACCGUCGUCUCCAACACUUCGAUGGCCUGAUCAUCCGCAUUUGCGCCAACAAUUAUACCAUCCUGUACCAGCCCCCAAGCCACGACUGGUUCUGGCGCUCGACGGCCCCGGCCAUCGACAAGGACGCCGAUGCCGAGACCGUCAAGGCUAAGCAGGAAGACGCAGCUAAGGAGAAGGCUGCGGUCCGCGAAAAGCGCCACGACCGCUUCGUCGAGAAGUUUGUUAAUAAUCCGAACUGGGCGCGCGGGUUGAGCAAGGAUAAGGUCGAUGAGUCGAAUCAGCAGUUCCGCUCUUGGUUGAAUGGUACACUGUCCAAGGAUAAGGAGUCGCCGACGCCCGCCGAGGAAAUCCAGGAACACAAGGAAAUCGCCGAGAAGAGCGAACCGGCGGAUACCGAAAUGGCCGACGCCGGGGCUGAAGCGUGA